AUGUCAAGCACUUUUGUUGGUUUAUUACUUUGGUUAUUAGAAGAAAAAACUUCUUUUCAAUUGGAAACCUUUUUUUCAACAUAUUUGGAUGGAUAUUCCAAAAAAUUUAAAAAAUCGGAAAAAAAUUCGAGAAUAUGGAGAACAAUAAAUUCAUCCUCAAAUAGAUUACCCACACCUAGAGGAAGUUUUUCAAGUUUGGGAAGGUCCUCACAAAGAAUUAGUGGAGGGUGGAAGAGGAGAAGACGCUCCUUGUGGAGACAGGCAAAACCAUGGGCAGCUCAUUUUCAUCAAUUAUUUCCAGAAUCGAGACCGCCUAGGACGAGUAUACGCUUUGGGAUUGGUACAAAUACUUCUUCCUCCCAACAACCUUCUUCUUGUCUAACAACAAUAACAACACAUUCAUCAUCUACACCAUCACAUCAAAGUAGUGAUAGACCUUCAAUAAAUCAAAAUAUUUUGUUGAAUUGUUCAAAAUUACCCCAACAAUUUGAAGAUGAUUUUUCUUCCCAAAAUUCCUCUACCUGUUCCCCUGUUUUUGAUAAUACUUUUGGUGACUCUAUUGAUAGUUGUUCUAAUUGGAGGCAUACAGAAGAAAUUGUUACUUCAGCAAAUUUCUCUGAAGGAGGGAGAGAAAUUAGUAAUAAUGGAAAUGAAUUGUUGCCUGAUAGAAUUGCUGAAGAGACUGGUAGAUAUUUAUAUUUUUUUUAUUAUAGGAUAAGAGUCGUUCGUGGCCGAAUGGUUAGUGUGUUAGACUAG